UUUGUUGUUUGACAGUGACUUAAUGAAAAAGUGGCUCUCUGGUUUAGUUUCAUGCCUUCGACACUCUAUAUAUUGACUGCAUAUGUAAAAAGACCAUAAUACACCUUUGGUGACAAGCUCAGAUGGAAAACUAUACGUUCAACAGCCUCACUCUUCAGCUCGAGGGGUUAAGGGUCACCAAGACUAACAAGUACCCGAUCUUUAUCUUUCUGCUUUUUACUUAUGUGUUCAUCUUAGUUGCCAACGUAGGCAUUGUGGUGUUGAUAUGGACAGAGAGAAGCCUCCACCAGCCAAUGUAUCUCCUUUUCUGUAACCUGUCGAUAAAUGAUGUUAUGGGAAACUCUCUCCUGGUUCCACGGGUGCUUGCAGACAUCCUGGUGCCUCCCUCUGAGCGCCUCAUUCACUACUAUGAGUGUCUGAUGCAAGCUUUUACCACACAUAUGUUCGGCACCAACGCACACACUGUGCUCAUGAUUAUGGCCUUUGACAGAUACGUGGCCAUCUGCAACCCAUUGCGAUAUGCUGCCAUAAUGACUGACAAAAUGGUGAUAAAGCUGACAGUUUCUGCCUGGGGAGUGACCUUUGUUUUGGUGGCAGUUCUGCUCAGCCUGACCAUACGACUGAACCGAUGCAGGACUCUGAUCACAAACCCUUACUGUGAUAAUGCCUCCCUGUUUAAACUCUCCUGUGACAAUGUGUUCAUCAAUAACAUCUAUGGCCUCACUUUCACUGUUGUCCUGCUCAUAUCCUCUAUUGGCAGUAUAAUUCUCACCUAUUCUAAAAUCACAAUGGCCUGUCUGACCAGUAAGAGCAAGUCUUUAAACAGUAAAGCUUGGAAGACCUGCAGCACUCAUCUGUGCCUGUAUCUGAUCAUGCUAGUCAGUGGGAUGAUCCUCAUCACCCUCCAUCGCUUCCCCGAGUAUGCAGAGUACAGGAAGAUUUCUGCCAUUCUCUUUAACAUUGUUCCCGGCAGCCUCAACCCUGUUAUCUACGGGCUGCAGUCCCAAGAAAUACACAAGUGUUUGUCAAAUAUAUUCCAUUUUAGAAAAGUUAAGCCAACAUUUUAAUUUAGACAUGAAAAUUUGUGUUCUUUUCAUCAUUUUCAUGUAUGAAAAACAGUGACCAUUGUAGCGUCCACAAGGGAGAAAUUUAACAGUGAACAAAGUGAAAGUUUGAUGAUAACCUUAAUCACAAUAACUGACCCUAACCUUAGUGCAAAAAGUAGGUAUGGUGACAUUUUCACAUUGAUUAGAUGAAUACCCAAAUUUGCACUAAAAUGUGAAAAACAGGACCUGUGACAUUUAAUACAAAAGAGAACCUGUUUAUUCAAAGAAAUAAAUGUAAAAAGAGGGAAGGGUGGACACUACAUGUGUACUUUUUUGUGUCACUUUUUGAUGGAUGUGAGAUUUCAUGCACCCCUACUGUCCACUAGUUUUGUGUUUAUGUGAUUAAAUAGAAGACCUUAUUUUGUUUCACUUUAUGUAUUUUCCUUGCUCUAAAGAACUAAGGAUGAACUAAGAAAUUGUGAAAGAUGAACAAUAUGAAACCAUGUUGAUUUUAAAUUCCAAGAUAUUUGGCUUGAAUAUUAUUAAAAAUUAUUCAAAGAACUUUUUCCAAAAUGUGACUUAUAUUUUGUCACUUAUUAUAUUAAGUGCGUUUGUUUGGUAUUGAAAAAAAAUCAAAAUCAUCUAGUCAAUGUUUCCACGUGUUAUCUGUUAUCUAUCAUAUUUAACAAAGCUAACAUGUAAAAAAUAUAAUUACAAGGCACCCUCUUACUAUAUAAAAUGCUAAUUUUAUUGUAACACAUUACAAGCCACUUAAGGGUUCCAUAAAUCCUUCAAACAUAAGGUGAUAAGGUCAUAUUUCAUUGUGGUCACACUUUUAUUUUUAGCCAUGCUAGAGGUGUGUCAGUCGGUCCACCACUUUGACUGUUGCAGACCGAAAUUAAAAUAGGACAUUAAAAUAGUUGUUUUUAAGCCAUUCCUGUGUAGCUUUGGUAUUAGGAUUGAGGUCACUGUCUUGAUGAUGGUGAUGUUGUCAUAGUUUGGGGUUUUGUCCUGUUUCCUGUUUUAUUUUGUAGCAUGCUCCUCUCCUCAUGGGUCUUGUCUUGUUUACUUUCCCUCCAGUUUAUAGUGUUAGCCCCGCCUUGAUUGAUUGCACCUGUGUCUGGUUGUCUCCCCUACCUUAGUGUAUUUUCCUUUUCGGGUCUUUUCCUUUGAUCAUUGUCGGGUUGUUGUUCUGUGACUACAAGCGUCGAUACUGGCUAUCACAGACUACACCGGACUCGCCCGCUCUGGAAGUAAUUGCUUGCCAUAUUAUAAUAAAGAACUGUCACAACUAC